UGAUUGCGAGGCAUGAAAUCGCUGUCAUACACAAGCUAGCGCAGCUGUCGCGUAGAUCUCCUGGGGGUUUCUGUUCAGCCACAUUAAUCCUAGUGAGAUUUUAUUGGAUGUUAGUCGUUGCGGAGUAACUUUUAUCUCGCCUAUAGAUAUAUAGACCUACCACAUCGGAGAGAGCAGGAUGGAGUGGCAGCCAGACGAGCAGGGUCUGCAGCAAGUGCUGCAGCUGCUGAAGGACUCCCAGUCCCCGGACACAGCCACCCAGAGAGCCGUGCAAGAAAAACUGGAGCAGCUUAACCAGUUUCCAGAUUUCAACAACUAUCUGAUUUUUGUCCUCACAAGUCUCAAAUCUGAGGAUGAGCCCACUCGCUCUCUGAGCGGUUUGAUUCUGAAGAACAAUGUAAAGGCUCACUACCAGAACUUCCCUACUAACGUGGCUGACUUCAUCAAACGGGAGUGCCUGAACAACAUCGGGGACCCUUCACCACUUAUCAGAGCUACAAUCGGCAUUCUGAUCACCACCAUAGCCUCUAAAGGAGAGCUACAGACAUGGCCCGAGCUGUUGCCUCAACUCUGUAAUCUGCUCAACUCUGAGGACUACAACACUUGUGAGGGGUCUUUUGGAGCGCUGCAAAAGAUUUGUGAAGAUUCAUCAGAGCUGUUGGAUAGCGAUGCUCUGAACAGACCUCUCAACAUCAUGAUCCCUAAAUUCCUCCAGUUUUUCAAACACUGCAGCCCCAAAAUCCGGUCUCACGCGAUAGCUUGUGUGAACCAGUUUAUCAUCGGUCGGGCUCAGGCCUUAAUGGAUAACAUCGACACCUUUAUUGAGAGCCUGUUUGCGCUGGCCGGCGAUGAGGACAGUGAAGUACGGAAGAACGUGUGCAGGGCUCUGGUCAUGCUGCUGGAAGUUCGCAUCGACCGCCUCAUCCCACACAUGCACAGCAUCAUCCAGUACAUGCUGCAGCGGACCCAGGACCCCGAUGAGAACGUGGCUCUGGAGGCCUGCGAGUUCUGGCUGACGCUGGCUGAGCAGCCCAUCUGUAAAGAGGCUCUGUCUGGCCACUUGGUUCAACUGAUUCCUAUCUUGGUCAAUGGGAUGAAAUACUCAGAGAUCGACAUUAUACUUCUAAAGGGAGACGUUGAGGAGGACGAGACUGUUCCAGACAGCGAACAAGACAUCAAGCCUCGCUUUCACAAGUCCCGUACAGUCACCCUGCAGCACGAGGGAGGGGAGGGCGAGGAGGGAGAAGACAUCGACGAAGAUGAAGAUGACGAUGACGAUACGUUGUCUGACUGGAAUCUACGGAAGUGUUCAGCUGCAGCUCUGGAUGUUCUCGCCAACGUGUUUCGUGAGGAGUUGCUUCCCCAUCUCCUACCUCUGCUCAAAGGCCUGCUUUUCCAUCCUGACUGGGUCAUCAAGGAGUCUGGCAUUUUAGUUCUGGGGGCUAUUGCUGAGGGCUGCAUGCAGGGUAUGGUACCUUACUUGCCUGAGCUCAUCCCCCACCUCAUCCAGUGCUUAUGUGACAAGAAGGCCUUGGUCCGCUCCAUAGCCUGCUGGACGCUCAGUCGCUACGCUCACUGGGUGGUCAGCCAGCCCCCUGAUGCUCACCUUAAACCCCUCAUGACCGAGCUGCUCAAACGCAUCCUCGAUGGCAACAAAAGAGUGCAGGAGGCAGCAUGCAGCGCCUUUGCCACCCUGGAGGAAGAAGCAUGUACAGAGCUGGUGCCUUAUCUGAGCUUCAUCCUGGACACACUAGUGUUUGCUUUUGGGAAGUAUCAGCACAAGAAUCUGCUCAUCCUCUAUGAUGCCAUUGGAACGCUGGCAGACUCGGUGGGACACCAUCUCAACCAGCCUGAGUACAUACAGAAGCUGAUGCCUCCGCUGAUAGCGAAAUGGAACGAACUGAAGGAUGAGGACAAAGAUCUCUUCCCUCUGCUGGAGUGUCUGUCAUCUGUUGCCACGGCGCUGCAGAGCGGCUUCCUCCCGUACUGUGAACCUGUCUACCAACGAUGCGUCACGCUCGUCCAGAAGACCCUGGCUCAAGCCAUGAUGUACAGCCAGCAGCCAGACCAGUAUGAAGCGCCUGACAAGGACUUCAUGAUUGUUGCGCUGGACCUUUUAAGCGGCUUGGCUGAAGGCCUUGGGGGGCACGUGGACACGCUCGUCGCUCGCAGUAACAUCAUGACCCUCCUGUUCCAGUGCAUGCAGGAUACGAUGCCCGAGGUGAGGCAGAGUUCGUUUGCUCUGCUGGGUGACUUGACCAAGGCUUGUUUCCCUCAUGUCAAACCAUGUAUCGCUGAAUUCAUGCCAAUCCUUGGAACAAAUCUGAACCCAGAAUUCAUCUCUGUCUGCAACAAUGCUACCUGGGCCAUAGGAGAGAUCUGCAUGCAGAUGGGAGUGGAGAUGCAGCCGUACAUCGCAAUGGUUCUAACCCAGCUGGUUGAGAUUAUUAACCGACCAAACACGCCUAAAACCCUGUUGGAGAACACCGCCAUCACCAUCGGCCGGCUGGGCUACGUGUGUCCUCAGGAGGUUGCUCCCAUGCUGCCACAGUUUAUCCGGCCCUGGUGUACAUCUCUGCGCAACAUUCGAGACAACGAGGAGAAAGAUUCGGCCUUCCGUGGGAUUUGCAUAAUGAUCGGUGUGAAUCCCGGAGGUGUGGUGCAGGAUUUCAUCUUUUUCUGCGACGCUGUGGCCUCCUGGGUGAAUCCGAAAGACGAUUUAAGAGACAUGUUCUACAAGAUCCUGCAUGGUUUCAAGGAGCAGGUCGGAGAGGAAAACUGGCAGCAGUUUUCAGAGCAGUUCCCCCCACUGCUGAAGGAGAGACUGGCAGCUUGCUACGGUGUUUAGAUUCUCUACACCCACCCAAGAGGUGAGCCAGCAGGAGGAGGGUGAAUGGGAAACUCAUCCAUCUGUGUAUUGCACUGCCCUGAUCUGGGGGGAGGGAGAGGGACGCUUUUGGCCGCUCCCCCUGAUGGACGGCCCCCACGCCCUAUGUGUUUGUCCAUAGAGGGAGGGUGGGCGGGUGGGAGGGAGGGACAGGGGGGACACCUCUAGAUAAACUAGGCAGGGACCCGACACAGAAAAUAAAAACUAACUGGUAGGGACAGAUACAGAGAGGAGGACACACGGGAGAGUCGGAGGGACAGGACAAGUUGGGAAAUAGAGCAGCGCAGAGAAAGUUCAGGGAACGAGAGGGAGGGAAAAAGAAGCUACAGAAAGGUCUGUUAUUUGGCUGGGAGGACAGGGACAGUUGAGAUUUUAAUAGGAUUCUUAAACUUGAGGGUAACUUAGCUUCACCGACAGACAAACCAACCUACACGGACUGACGCACGUAAAACUUGCACAUGCUGUACAUGCAGUACAGGGAACAGACUGUGGGUGGCACUAUAAUUUAGACUUUUUGAGAGCUACUACUUGUAGUUAGGGACAGACAGGUGUUUAAAACUCCUCAUCAUCUGGGUAAUAACUUUAUGUUCCGGGGAAUAGGAUUCAGUAUCAACGACUUCAUCUGUACUCACUGAAUUCUACUUAAUUGUAACGUAAUUUCGCUUCUCCAGUGUUUCCUACCUUCAUUUUUGACCAGAGUGCUGCUUCUCAGAGCUAUCCACCUUUCACACAUUUUGCUGUUGCAUUUUCUACCUGAUCAAACGACAGAGCAAGUGUCUUUCCUUGUGACUUCACAGAAACCAUUCCUCUUGGAAGGGAGGAUUAGGGCUAACACAUCUGUUUUCUCACCAGAGUUGGAGGAAAACGUACAAAGAAAAUCGCGACCUUAGUCAUGUCUUUGAGGUUCAGCGUGUUUGUGUGAGUGGCUGUGUGCUCGUGCAGUUCGUAAAUCCUUACUUCGGCAUUCUGUGUUAACGGUGUAUGAAAUACGUGUCGUUUUUGAUAUGGUACCGAGCUAAAACUUGAUUCCCAUUGCAAUGUCCUUGGCACCUGUUAACUGUGACCAAGUGUUUUUGUGUAUAUGUGUGUAUGUUUAUGUGUGUGUGUGUGGUUGUGUGUGUGUAUAAGUGGGCACGUGUGAGUGAGUGUGUACGUGUUUGUCCGCAUUCGUACUGAUAUCCAUUUGAUGCCAUAUUGAUAUCUUUAGUAAAAAAAACAAACAAAAAACAGUGAUUGGCAGUGUCAUUGUGAUCUUUAUCAUGUUUUAUUGUCUUUUUUUUUUCGCUGCUACUGAUGUUUUUUGUUUCUAUAGUGGACUUAAAUUCACGUACUUAACACAAUAAUUGAAUUAAUUCUAUAUUCAGUGACUGUUGAGUUGUUUUUUGCACUUUUUAUUUUAUUUGGUUUUCCUUUCUUUUUUAUUUGUAUGGUAUUUUUUUUAACCUCACCCAUAUGAUAUGUCUUGACCCUAAUGUCAGUGUUUGUCAUACUGUGUUGCACUGUGAAAUUAAGUGUCUUUGACUGGCAAAAAUAUCCCAAUACUAAAUGGCAAAUAAAAACAACUUUGUGAAA